AUGGCAGCAAACGCAGUUGCCUUCCUCGUAACCGCCCUGACAAUGAUCCCCAUGGUCAAAGAAAUGUUCCCACACCCCUCGGAAUCGUCUACGGUCGUCCGCGUGGCCGCCGGCUUGUCACUGCCCAGAGACAGCGACUUCGCCAGGACUGGCGGCAAUACGCCAAGUAUCGCGCUGUUUGACGAGAGCGGCGAACGCAUCGGCUUCAAAAGCGGCGCCCGCCACGGCAAGAUCGGCGAUGGCAACUUCAAAGACAUCGUCGUGGACCCCAUCAACAAGGGCAACAAUCGCGCGCCGGCGUACCUCAGCGUGUCCGGCAGUGGCGACGAUGCCCUCUGCAUAGCGUACAUCUACAUCACGCCACCUAGCAAGGAGUUUUGGGCCUUCUUCGGAGACGUUCCCAAGGAAUGCAACGCCCCGUGGUACCAUUCCAACCUCCCCGUCCAGCGUCAGGGGGGUGACCCCUUCAAACCUAAGUGUUUCUGGAUCGAUUCGCCCGAUCACAACAAUGGAAAGACAACAGGCAACUUCCCCCAGGGGGCGGGGAUCCAUUUGUUUGAUUUCGCAGCCACCAAUGCCCGCGUCCAGCAGUAUGUGGAAUCCCGUGACACGAUGUGCGGCAGCGCGCCCCGGUUCUCGCUGUAUCCCUCCUUGACCGAGAUGAACUGCCUUCCGAUUUUCAACCCACCGCUGAAAUAUAACGACGACGGCACCGAUACAAGCUUUGAUGCCCUCAAAACCCCCGGACAGGUGAUGUGCAGUCCCGGUCCGAACGAGAAACCCACGGCGAAGCAGAUCCUGCAGCUGCAAAAGUGGACUGGUGGACGGCUUUCCGCUCCGACGUAUGGCGUCAAAAAACGAUCUGAGAAAGACAGGCAGAACGGCCGUGAUUGCUUCGCGGACCAUCGGGUUGUGGUAGUGAGUGAGCAUGGAGACCACUCGGCCAGUGAGCUUUGCAAGAGUGCUUCGGCUGCGGGCCCGGAUUUCGUCUCAACCAAGGAAGGCCUGUUCUGCGACAUGUGCACCGGAGAGCUAUGGCCAUUGUGCUCACAGGCUGUUCCUACUGGGUGCUUUGAUGUGGACUUGAAGGCGAUGAGGGCGAGUAAUGGGACUGUCCCAGGUAUAGGAGUUCACGCCAGAGAUGUGUUUACCGGGAGGGAAAUUCCAGAGAAGGAGUAUAAGAGUGUGAUGCAUUGGAAGUGA